AUGUUAACAGAUCCACAGAUAGUGUGGUUGGGGUUGAGAAGUUGCUGGAAAAAAUGUCCCUCAUUAAUCAUUAUUCUGUUAACAGGAUUCUACACACCUUCCUCAUGUCUUCAUCAGUAUCACCUCAUUACCAUCAAUCUGAUCUGGACUGAUGCCCAGAGUUACUGCAGAGCACAUUACACUGAUCUGGCUACAGUAGAUGACAUGGAGGACCAGAACAGGCUGAUUACCAGUGUCAGUUUUGAUGAUUGGUUCUGGAUCGGACUGAAAAAGGGAGACUCCAUGAAGUGGCACUGGUCUCUGGCAGACAGACGUUUCUACAGAGAGGGGGAAACUGAGUUCAGAAACUGGGACACUGGGACAACCCAAAAUGGUAACUGUGUUUUAAUGAGUACAGCUGGUCUGUGGAACAACACCUCCUGUGAUGACCAGCAUCACUUCAUCUGUUAUGAUGUUAAAUUAGACUUUUGCAGGAAAACAAGUCACCAACCUAACAUACGUCUUAAUUCAGGAGAACAAGACACCAACCUAACAUACGUCUUAAUUCAGGAGAACAGGACCUGGAUAGAUGCUCAGAGUUACUGCAGACAGCAUCACAUAGACCUGGUCAGUGUAAGGAACCAGACUGAGAACACAGAGAUGAAACAGAAGAUAUCACUGAGGGGACUUCCUGUGUGGAUCGGUCUGUUUCAAGACUCCUGGAGAUGGUCAGACCAGAGUGACUCCUCAUUUAGAAACGGGACAUUAGGACAUCCUGAUGCUUCAGGACAGAACUGUGUUGCAUUGUUUUUUGAAUCAGUUAAUUCUGCUAAAUGGGUAAAACAUCCCUGUGACCACAGACAUAAUUUCAUCUGCAAUUCUGGUAAAUUACAAUAUUCUCCACUUGAUCUACCUGAUAUAAUGAUGACAUGAGAACUCUAAUGUUUCCCCCAAGAUUCACCACUUUCAUUGUUGGAUUUUAUUCUCUUGUAGACCCAGAUGUGAAGACUACGACUGCUCCUCUGCCCACACCCACAACCACGCCUUCCACCCCGACCACAACCACAACCGUGCCUUCCACCCCAACAACAACCACAACCGUGCCUUCCACCCUGACCACAACCACAACCAUGCCUUCCACCCCAACAACAACCCUGCCUUCCACCCCUUCCACCCCGACCACAACCACAACCAUGCCUUCCACCCCAACCACAACCGUGCCUUCCACCCUGACCACAACCACAACCAUGCCUUCCACCCCGACAACAACCAUGCCUUCCACCCCGACCACAACCAUGCCUUCCACCCCGACCACAACCAUGCCUUCCACCCCGACCACAACCACAACCACGCCUUCCACCCCGACAACAACGACGCCUUCCACCCUGACAACAACCACAACCAUGCCUUCCACCCCGACAACAACCACGCCUUCCACCCCGACCACAACCACGCCUUCCAAUCAGACAACAACCACAACCACGACUACCAC